GGAGAGCGCAUAGCUCUCUCCUUUCUCCCACUCUGGACAAGGCGCUUUCUCCCUUCAGCAAGCCCGCUUGGAGAGCGAGCUUGGCUCCGAUCCGCUGGGCGCCCUCCGCCGAGCGCGCUGGGAGCGAAGUUUGUGCGCUCUGGCUCUGCUGCAAUCUUCUCGCUGCUGCUGCUGCAAUUUCCCAGGUCCCGGGACAGCCUCGCGCGCCCUCUCCCUGCAGGCCGCUCCGCCUGGAAGAAGGAGAAGGAGACAAACAAAAAUGCAACAGCUGGAGCACCAAAGCUGGGAGGGGAGCAGCAACCCGAGUAGCUGCAACCGAGCCUGGUCGCUGACCCCACUCAGGUCGGCGGGGCUUUCAGUUUAGACUGCCAGAGUAGCAGCGCCGUGCCGCUUACUGCUAGGACCAGGCAUCAGUGUGCAACAUUAAUCACUAGAAAACAACAUUGGGCCAACUUCCAAAGGUAUAAUCUGAACAGCAGGCUCCAGGGGAGCUGAUUCAUGCAUAUUAGUCUCCUGGACAACUUACGGUUGACAAACAAGGGAUUUGGACCCUCCGUUGCUAUAGGGAAUCACCAUGUGGCACAGGAUCUACAGUACAGGUGGGAAGAGGGCUGCAAAGGGAAAAAUGUGAUCCGGCAUGAAACACUUGGGAAAGGACUUGGCUUUAGAGAGGGCAUAGAGCGGCGAAUGCAGAAUGUUCCCCAAUAUCCAUGCUGGGAACCAAUCGAAGUGUACUUUCGAUUUGAAGGGGAGAUUUGCUACGAACCUGGAGUUAGCCUUACAACGAGAUCGAGUCAAUGAGUCUCAGCCACUCACAGCCCCUCUGGAAAAGGAUAGCUGCCUAAAACAACCGCCCGAUUUCAGCUACAGGCUUUAUAUCACCCGAGGCCUUCUCAGGAAGCCGCGAGGAAAGUCGAAAGAGCUGAAAAAGAAAUUGCCCCCAAGCACGGUGCAGGAAGAGUUGCAGAGGAUAAGGUCCAAUUUAUUUUUCUCCAUCGUGGAACGCGAACAGGAGCCCAAGAUCAUUACAAGGUUUCCCCACAUGGGUCCCUACGAAGCCCAGCUAAUGUUCGUGAAGAUGGGAAAGUUCAAGAGCAGCAAAUACCAAGAUCCAAAACCAUUCGACUAUAGACAGUAUGAGCCAGAUAGACCAAAUUUUGUGACCAGCUAUGCCAGAGACCCUCUGAAUCUAAAGUUGAAAUCCCAGUGUUUAAGCAAAGUCCACGGACUCCAUCCUCUCACAGAAGAAAAGGGGGGACCCCGAUCCAAGGAAAGAUUCACCACCUGCUACAAGCCUCAAGAACUCAAGUGGGAUUCGAAGUUACUUCUGCCAAAGGAGCCUUGGCCUACUAAACCUGUUUCCUUCACAAGGCACAGAAGCCAACGAGCUGCACACAGUGCCUUUCUGGAACGUGUAGAAGAAACGCUAAGCCAGCUGUGGUUGAAAGAGGCAGCCCAGAAGCAGGCCCAGGACAGAAGAAAAGCUGCAUCUAGUCUGAGGCAGAAAACGCCAAGCAUAGCUGUUUCCACUGAGAGCGAUAUUGAGAUGCAGCAACAGGCCGGCAGGCAGCAGGAAAAAAGCCUGCAAAAAGGACAGCUCUCUCAGCCACCACCUAUGGCAACACUGGGGUUGCAACUGUCAAUGCAUAUAAAACCAGAACCUUUGGGCUUCUUGCUGCCAAGCGGCGUUGCCCAGAGUGUCGAGGAACUGAGGUGCAAAUAAUGAGGGGGAGACCACCGAACACUCUGCAAAUACCUGGAUUGUAUUAUGCUCAUUGCUGCUAUUCUAGUGCCAGGAGGGGUCUGUAUUGCAGGAGGAUAAAUCUCAUCCUCUCUUUAGCACAGUGAAUGUAAUAAUUGUAAAUAAUAAUAAUAAUAAACAAUCAAACAUACAUA